AACCCUCGCUUACACAGAGCAGUGUGGACAUUGAUUUCAGGCAGCAGCACAACACAACAAGGUUUUGACUGAAAUUAGAAGACAUUGAAAUUUCAUAAUGAUGGUGGCGGGGAUGGAGGUUCCUGUCAUUGGCAGCGACUCCAUUAAAUGGAUUGACCUCACAAUUCCUUCAUCCAUUAACCGCCUUGACGACGGCGCUUUCGCUCCCCCCACGGUGGAUUCCGCCUACGCCACUUACAUCGACGGAGAUGCUCCUUUUCAUCUCAUUUGCCGAAUCCAUACUGGUCAACCAAAAGUUCUGGAAAUCUUCAAUCUCUCGCAGGAAUUCCCUCACAACCCUGGGCUCCGCCUUAGUUUCGCUCACCCACUCUCGCUUUUCGCUCUUGUUAGCCCCCAUCCAACCAAAUCGCACUACUUGCUUUAUACUGUCACAGUCUCGGGGAUUGCUUACUUCAUUAAACUUUCCAAGGACCUGACUUCCUUUUGCUCCAGGGACGAACUUAUAGAGCUUGAUGCGCGUGCUUAUUCUAAUUGUAAUGAGUCAAUUACUUGUAUGGCUGCAAACCCUGGAUGUCUUUUGUUUGGGAGAAAUGAUGGAUCUGUUACUUGCUUCCAACUUGGCUCGCUUCACCAAACUGCUCCUGGUUUUGUGUCUGAACUGCGUGAUGAUUCAGGGGUUAAUCUGGGUCGCUUUUGGGGUUUCAUGUCAAGGGGGAGGGUUGUUGGGGCUGUCCAGGAUUUAAUAAUAAAAGAGAUUGUUGGGAAAAGAGUUGCAUUCGUGCUUCACCAUGAUGGGAUUCUACGAGCAUGGGAUCUUUUAUCUCGAAACAGAAUUUUAAGUCAUGCGAUGGCUGUGCCAACAUCAAUUGAAGGAACUAUACCCACAAGGUUAUGGUUGGGUGACUCUAAUAAUGAUUCAAACAUUGUUCCUUUUGCCAUCUUGUAUAAGAGUACUGUGGAAGUUGGCAUGGAGAUGAUUUAUGUUUAUAGUCUCUGCUGUUCUACGGGGGAGAGGAUCAACUUGUCUGUUGAUUCUUCAGUCAAAAAAAUUCCUUUGGAUGAGGGGGCAUGCAUUGAUGUCAAACUUACGUCAGACAAGAUCUGGAUAUUAAAGGAUAAUGGAUUGGCAUCCCACCACCCCUUCAACAGUAAUACCUUGGAAGAGGCACACUGUUAUGCUUUACAUGAAGAAUUUAUUGCAGACCAACUGUUACAAAGUUCGGAACACACUUCAGAUGAUCUUAUAUCAAUAACCAGUUCAAUUUUUUCAUCUGGAAAGGAUCAUAUUGUGCCAUUUGUAUCUUCUAUUUUCUUUCGCAGGCUUCUGCAUCCUGGGAUUUACCAUAAUAUUGUUCUACGUUCAACAUUUUUAGAUUAUAGCAAGCACUGGACUGAUAAUGAAUUUCAGUCAUUAACUGUGGAUGAACUCAAAAAGGAGAUUCUUUCAGUUGUUGAACAUGAGAGUAUGGUUGAAAGUCCUAUAUCAAUAUUUCAAGGAUGGAAAAAAUUAUGUUGUCGAUAUUUUCAGUACUGGUGUAAAAAGAAUGCUCCAUGUGCUUUGAUUAUACAGUCCACCUCAGGUGCUGUUGGUCUUAUCAGAAAACAUUCAGUGUCUUUCUUCCGUAGUUUGGAAAGUACUGAGCUGCUUAUUGACGGGUUGUCAGAAGAUCUUGCUAAUCUUGGUAGCUUUGGCUUGGAUUUAUUUGAUGACAAUUCUGAUCGCGUGAUUCUUUUUGAAGUGCUCAGAUGUGUCAUAAACAUCAGCCAACAGUUGGGAAAAUCAGCUUCUUUUGUCUUUUAUGAAUCUUAUGUUGGCAGACCGAGUAUAUCACCCGAAGAGAUCAUUCCUCUCUUGGUGAAGAUGUUAGGAACUGGAUAUGCUCCAUCAACUAGAGCAAGCUAUUUAUCUUCUCUUGGAUCUGAUGUUGCUUUGGAGAGGGAACAGAUAGAUCAUAUAAAUCUAAGAAAAUUUUCUGUUGACAUGCUAUUAUCUCUUCAUGAUCUUUGCAAAAAAGCUGCCUCGUGGAAAAAAACAUUGGAUGUCAUAGAGAGCUAUCUACAAUUUAUUGUCCCUAAAAAAAUUUAUCAGAAUUUGGGUGCUGAGACAUUAUGUUGUCUCAACAAAUCCAUCUUGGUUCAUGCUUCCUGCCAGAUUGCAAAGGCGAUGUUUGAGUCUGCAUUCGACAUCCUUCUUUUUGUAAGCUAUCUGAUGAGCAUUGGUGCACAGAUUAACAUGGUUCAUGAUGACAUAACUAGAAUACAAGUUGACUUGAUUCCAAUGAUUGAAGAGAUUAUUUCUGAGUGGCUUAUCAUUCUGUAUUUUUGCACAACACCAUCAGAAUCACCUGCAAAUGAAGAUUUCAGUUCCCAGCUUUCACUGCUACAGAUUGAUAAUAAAAUCAAUAAAAGAUCAUGGAGGGAGAAACUCGGAAAAUGUGAUUUCACAAUAGCUUCUUUACUUCUACUAAAUAAUCAAAGUUCUUCUGGAUAUGAGAGACAUCCUUCUUUGGGAUGCCUCCUUAAUCCAAAUGACAUAAUUACUUCAGUGCAAAAGUUCACCAGUUGGAUAGUUUGGGGAAAUGCUAGGGAAGUGUCUUCUUCCUUCUUGAGGCGCUCAACUGAAAUAGCAAUUGUCCUUCUUAGGAAUGGCCAAUAUGAUGCUGUUGAGUACCUACUUGCUAUUGUUGAGGCCAAUGCAAGAAGGGAAAGGAAUUUCAGAAGCGUUCAAGAUACUAGUGGUGAUUGGUGCUUACUUCAACAUCUCCUUGGAUGCUGUCUUGUUGCUCAAACACAGCGAGGGUUGCAUGGAAUCCUGAAAGGGAGGAAAGUCGGUGAAGCUGUUUGCUGUUUCUUCAGAGCUGCAUCAGGAGAAGGAGCUUCACAGGCCUUGCAGAGUUUAUCUGAUGAAGCAGGGUUGCCAUAUCUUGGGUUUAAUGGUCACGUAUCUGCUGCAUGGAAGCUUCAUUACUAUCAAUGGGUAAUGCAGUUAUUUGAGCAAUAUAACAUUAGCGACGGUGCUUGCCAAUUUGCUCUUGCCGCAUUGGAGCAAGUUGAUGAACUUGACCUUAGAGGUGAUGGCUUUGAGAGAGAUUCAUCUAAUGAAUCCACCACUAUCAUCAAAGGACGUCUUUGGGCAAAUGUUUUCAAGUUUACGUUAGAUCUUAACCUUCUGAAUGAUGCAUACUGUGCAAUAAUUUCAAAUCCAGAUGAAGAGAGCAAGUACAUCUGCUUAAGGCGCUUUAUUAUUGUUCUCUAUGAAUGUGGAGCAAUAAAGAUUCUCUGCAAUGGUCAAUUGCCCUUGACUGGUUUAGCAGACAAGGUUGAGCGUGAACUUGCAUGGAAGGCGGAACGUACAGAUAUCUUGGCAAAGCCAAAUCCAUACAAAUUCCUUUAUGCAUUUGAAAUUCACAGGCAUAAUUGGCGCAAGGCAGCUAGUUACAUAUAUCUAUAUUCUGCUCGCUUACGAGCUGAUGCAGUUAUGAAAGAUCAGCAGCAUAUGUCAAUUACACUGCAGGAGAGGCUGAAUGCACUCUCUGCUGCUAUCAAUGCCUUACAUCUUGUCCAUCCUGCUUAUGCUUGGAUUGAUCCUCAGCCUGAAGGAUAUCCUCUUCGGAAUGAUCACUAUCCACGGAAAAAGGCUAAAACGACAGUGAAAGAACAGUCUGUUAAUGAUGUACCAGCUCAGAGGCAGCAAUUUUGCAUCGAUAUUGAGAAACUUGAAUAUGAGAUUGUGCUAACGUCAGCAGAAUAUCUACUUUCACUGGCAAACGUAAAGUGGACAUAUUCUGGGAUCGAAAAGGCCCCAUCUGAUCUGGUUGAGCUUCUAGUUCUAACAAAUUUAUAUGACAUGGCCUUCAGUGUUAUUCUAAAAUUCUGGAAGGAUUCAGAAUUGAAGAGGGAAUUGGAAAAGAUAUUCUCUACUAUUGCAUUAAAGUGCUGCCCUAUUACAUUUAACUCUUCUUGGACUAGACCGCACAGUCUAUUAUUGACUUCAUCCAAGGAUGAAUUGGUUGUUCACGGUUCACCUGAUAUGGAGCUCACCAAUGAACAAGCUAAGGCGAAUGGUCAUUGGGAAACUCUUGAGCAUUAUCUUGAAAAGUACAAAUAUAUUCAUUCUAGAUUGCCGGUAGUCGUUUCUGAAACACUUCUUCGUACUGAUCCACAUAUUGAAUUGCCUUUAUGGCUAGUUAAAAUGUUCAAGGAAAAUCAGAGGGAGAGCUCCGGUGGAAUGGCUGGUCCAGAGCCUAGUCCAGCAUCCUUAUUUCGACUAUAUGUCGAUUAUAGUCGAUAUACAGAAGCAACAAAUCUGUUUCUUGAGUAUGUAGAGGUGUUUGCAUCGAUGAGACCGGUAAACAUAAUUAAUCGCAAACGACCGUCUGCAGUAUGGUUCCCAUACAACACAGUAGAGCGGCUUUGGUGCCAACUAGAGGAGUUGAUGAGGUCAGGUCACAUGGUUGAUCAAUGUGAUAAGCUCAAAAGGCUACUGUAUGAAUCUCUACUAAAUCAUCUAAAGCAGCUAAAGGUGGAUUCAGAUGAUGUUGUUUCUUCAGUAGGCUAAAGAAAAUCUCAUCACAAGGUAACAUCUUGAAUCAUUGAAAAACUCUGGUCUGGUUAGGGUUCUGAUUGCAUACCACAUAAGCGCUUUGUAAAGAGAAAUCACCAGGUUUUCCCAUGUCUUGCUGUUACCUUUCACAAUUAUAGUGCAGUGACUAAUACAAUCUAGUACCAAGCUUUUAUUUAAGAAAAUCCAAUAUGAAACUUGUAUCUCAACAGUAUAACAAUUGUAAUCACAGUG